GCAGCAGCCUCUGAGGCCAAGUCGCCCCGUAAGGCUCCUGAACCCGAGAAGAAGCCCGCUCCAGCCACCCCCGCCCCCGCCGCAGCUGCCCUCACCACCGCCCCCGCCGCGACUGAAGCGGCUGGAGCCGAGAAAAAGGCAUCUGGAGGACUCGCAGCCAGGAAGAAGAAGAAGGAGAUGGAAGACGCCUCAGCUUCGGCCUCAUCGGAUGACGACUCUGUAUCGUCGGAGAAGGCGCGUCGCCCGAAGAAGGAACGGCCAGACGCCGCGAAGAAGCACGGAACGGCGCGGAAGGAGAAGAUCAAGGUGCCCAGCAGCACCGGAUCGGCCGGUCUCUUCCUCAAGAAGGCCGAAGAGAAGCCGGCCAAGGGCGAUUCGAAGGUCAGCGAGGGCGGCGAGGGGGGCGUGCCCGCCCUCAAGCUGUCGCAGGAGAAGCUCGAGGAUGAAGAGCUCGAGGCCAUGCGCCUCAAUCCGGCCUACGCCAAGAAGACGGACCUCAAGGUCCCCUUCCCCGUCUACGAAGCCUACCAGAAGAUCUCUGAGUUUGCCUCCACGAUGUACACAUCGUGGGAGGAGGCCGAGGUGGUCUUUGUUGGACCCCGAGGAAGCGGCAAGACCACUCUCAUUGAGAGCAUUCUCGGCCACCCUGUGUCGGUGGUGCGAGAGGAGGCGAGUAGCGAGGGCACCAGCAGGAGGCCUCUGUUCAUUCACAUGCUUAACAACCUGAGCUGCGAGGAACCGCGCGUCACCAUCAAGCGAGAACAGGCCAAGGCCAAGGGGGAGCUUUCUCCGGACAAACACCGCACCCCGCUGGGCACUCUUCUCACCGUGGCACACAACGCAAUUGAUAGAGUGGUCAACAUCGAGGAGCUGCCGGCGGAACUUGAGAAGAGGAACGCGCUCAGCGGCUCCGCUCCGAUUCGUGUCAUCUACGAGUGGCGCUACACCUGGAACCUCACACUCAUCGAUACGCCCGGCUCAGCCACCUACUCUCGGUCGAGCGACAUCGAAACGCUCGCCGACCGCCAAAAGGCCAAGCUUGACAAAACGGCAGAGGAGUUGGUUACCCCGCCGCACCGUCUGAUCGUUGCCGUGGAGCAAUCUCAGAAAUGGGAUGGUGUGCAAAUGGUGGACUGGGUGACGAGGGUUGACCCGAGAAGAAGCAGGACGAUAUUCGUCUACACCAAGUUCUUCCACAACACCCUCCGAAACAUGGCCACCACCAAGGACCUCAAUGACUACUUUGCUGGCGCCCCGAUCAACGGAGCCUUCUUCGUUUCCGUGUUCUCCGCUUCGCUGCGAGCCAAGCUCAUACCGGACAGGGCGGAGUACGCGACAAAGGUGAAGCUUGCGUCCCAGCGAGACAUGAACUUGUUGGAGCAGCUCAAGUACGACAAAAACUACUCGCAGUGGCUCGAGGUCCACUCCCUCAAGAAGUACAUCCUCGAAAAGACCUGGAAGCUGUACUACGACAACAUCCCCAAGCUGCUCACCUCCAUGAACUCGGAGAAGAGUGAGAUGAACAAGAAGAUGGAGCGAGCGGCCAGGGAGCUGGAGGACCUGAAGCUGCACAACCUGCGCAGCAUUGCCGCCACCUAUCUCAUGGAGUUCCUGCACGCGGUGUCCCGCUUGAUCGAGGGCACCAGCGAGGGCAUGCCAUCGCUCUACGGCUCGACAUCGGAGGAGGAGAGGCAGCUGCUGGGCGAGUGGAUCGACGCCAAGAAGGACCUGAUCAAGGUCAAGAGGAAGUGGAAGCUGCCUUACCUCGACAUCAAGCUCUACGGCGGCCAGCAGUUCGAACGCCUCUUGUCCGAAUUCAAGAUGGUUGUCGAGCACACGGCAAGUGUGAAGGCCACGUCUGAUGAGCUGGCCAACGCCGAAAGGCGAAACGGUACUUCGAUGGACCAGUUGGCGUGGGCGGCGUCGGACGCGGCCCAGAGACACUCCCAGCAGGAGUUCUAUCCGCUCAUCCAACAAUUGAGCAAGCGAGCGGUGCACAUUUUCCAGCAUCUGGGCCGCGUGGCCGAGAACAUGGUCGAGAGCAAGAGGAAGGCCUCCCGGGCCGGCCACACCUCAUCCAUCGACGAGAUCGAAUACAUCGACGUUGCGGCUGGAGGUCUGCUCGACAAGGUGGAGAGCUUCCCCUACUUCAAGAAGAAGGUCCUGGAGCUGUACGAGCAGUUCGUGGAAAGACGAGCGCAGUACAGUCAGGAGAGGAGCAUGGACGAGUUCUACUGCACCCGCCUGAUCUAUUGGGAGAUCACCAACUUCGAGAGCCUGCCCGAUGACUACACCUCGAGAGGACAGGAGAGCGUGGCCAGGCUCGCCGACUCUCUCUGGGAAGACAUGCGCACCCGCAUCGCCCACAACGUGGCCCUCAAGUGCCACCACUUCUUCCUCGUCCCCAUGGAGACGGAGCUGCCGUCCGAGUUGCAGUCGCACUUCUCGUGCCUCUCCGAUGCGCAGAUUGAGGAGAUCUUUGAGGUGCACCCGAUCCGAGAGCGACUCACCCAGGAGCUCGCCGGGCUCAAGACUCGGCUGGCCAAGUGCGAGGAGAACCUCAAGAGCUUCACCACCGCUGCCUCCAGCUUCUCCAACUCCUUCAACUUGUAA